CGAUCGUGUCAUCCGAGUUCGCCAUCACUGGCCAAUGAAUGAGAAACAACGAAGGCAUUGCUUCGUAGUAUCCUGCGAGUGCAAUUUUUAGCAUGAGCAGUAUUAAACGUACUGUCCUGUUUGCUCAUCUACAGGACAUCGGCGUUCCUCAUCAUCUAGGGCCAGCAAUUGCUUCUGUGACCGCGGCUACUACAGAAGCCUUGGUCAUCGUCUUGGUUUCUCAGUUAUUCCAUGCAGCAGAAUCAACAUCCAACCAUGUCCAACAGUGGGAUCAUGUCCAGAGGCUUUUAACAUAUGUCUAUGUCAAAGCAACCAAGACAGCCCAGGACUUAGGAAAGGACCCUUCAGAGAGUUUCCCAAAUAAUUUCGGGAAUGGUAUGGAUAUGUGCUUUCGAAUUCAGGGCGACCCCCCUGUAGCCCAUCUCCCUGACUCUAUCGAGACCCUUCCCCAAGUCUUCGUUGUUCCAGAUAAAGCCAUUGAAGCGCACGUGCAGCAUUCCGUAUGCACCACUCCUAGCUGUGAUACCUCCCCGUCAUCAUACCCCGUCGUCGUUCUUGGUGGCACUUUCGAUCACUUGCAUGCAGGACACAAAAUCCUGCUCAGCAUGGCAGCCUGGAUAGCUAGUACCAAGGUCAUUGUCGGUGUCACAGACGACGAGUUGUUGAGGAACAAAUCGAAUAAGAAUGUCUUGGAGUCAAUGGCAGUACGCAUGGAAAGAACACGCUCUUUCCUGCAGCUCUUUCGCCCUGACCUUGAAUAUGAAAUUGUCCCAUUACGAGAUGUGUAUGGUCCUACUAGUUGGGAUCCUAAUAUUCAGGCGCUGGUGGUCAGCAUGGAGACUCUGCCCGGCGCGGCAUCAAUUGACAAUAAACGCUCCGUCGAGUCAUUGCCUCCCCUCCGUACAUUCGUCAUCGACGUUAUUUCUUCAGAAAGCGAAAAGUUGGUCCAUGAGGACAUGGAGAUGUUGAAGCAGACAAAAUUGAGCAGUACAUUUAUUAGGGACUGGAUUGUGAAGAACGCUGUAUAACUUUGGUAUCACUUAUAUGUAGUUGUAGCAACUAGGUCCGGACUCAGAGAUACAGAAUCCAGAUCUGAUCAAGCCAAUGAUUACCCGG